GGCGAGCAGGUUAGGUUUUGGGUUACACCUGUGGGGGCUGGUUUGGGGUUUCGAGGGGGCUGGCUCGUGACGAGAGACAAACAGACAGACAUAGACACAAAAAGGUGGAAGUGAAAGUGUAAGUGUCAGUCGCUCUCUCACACAGUAGUUAGAGAAGAUGGAGAAGUUUAAGAUGGUUCUGGACAUCGCUACCAAGCAGAACAGCCUCGGGUUCGGGGCGGUCGCCCUGGUGACAGCGGGCGGGGAGCAGUUCUUCUCCGUGGCGAUGUUCUCUUGUCCCUGCAAUGACCUGAACUUCGUCUACGGCAUGGUGUUCCUGCUGGUGCCCGCCCUGGCUCUCCUGCUGCUGGGUUACAUCCUGAGUAAGAAGACGUGGAAGACGCUGACGGGUGUGUGCCAGCGCCGGGCCGCGCUGUGCCGCUGGAGGAGACUGACCGUCAUCUGCACGGCCCUCUUCCAGGUGAGCAGCACCGCGCUGGUGGCGCCUGCCAGCUGGAUCGCUGUGGCUCUGAUCAACGGGAAAUUCUAUGAGUGUGCGAUGACCGGGACCAAUGUGACCGCUUACAACAAGUACCUGUGUGGAGAGAAGGGCUCCCGGCUCCAGUGUCAGCAGGAGCUGUACAGGCUGCCCUGCGGGACAGGCAACAGUGUCCCGCAGCUGGACAGGCAGGAUGUCCUGCUCACCCUGAAAGCUCAGUCUCAGAUUCUGGGUUGGCUGCUGGUCGCCUCUAUCAUGUUGUCCAGUCUGCUGCUGACCUGUGUGGCUCGGUGCACCUCCCCCAUCAGUUACCUGCAGAUCCGCUUUUGGAGAGACUAUGUCCAUGAAGAGAGCAGCCUGAUGGAUUCAUAUACCACCAAACACGCCAAACAGCUCGCUGAGAGGAACGUGAAGAGCUUUUUCAACAAGAUAUCGCCUGAAGAAAUUGUCACCCCUUCCAACAAGGACUGGGAGAAGAUCUCCUCCCUCUACACGUUCAGCACCAAAGACAACUACUACAGCACCUUGCACCGUGCGGUGGAGGACAGUCAGGAGGCCGACAACGGGAUGAUAAGGUUGACUUCGGUCAAGUCAAAUGAUUCUGCUGGCCACACCCCUGCUGUUCUUAGUUUUGUAGAUGAUGGCUCGGUGUGACAAGAUUUCAGCAUCAAAGGAUGUCUGAGUUAGGGUUAGAACAGUUUGCUGAUACAUGAAUUAGGCUAUAGUCUACUGUGAAGUGCUCAUAGUGCAGGUCUGGCUCUGAGGAGUUCAUCCAGAGAGCAAGGGGCAGUAGGUCAAAAUCCAAAGUAUAGGACAAACUGAAAUUCUGACCUAAUGAUGGCACUAGAUGAAAAGGGUCAGAUUAUUAUUCUAAGUGUCUGACACUGCAGAGCCGAUGAUCUGGACCAGAGAGUUGGCUGUAGCACAACCAGCUCUCAACUUCAGCCUGUCUGUAUCCAAAGGUAACGUCUGUAAAAGCUGCGCCAAGUGCAGCUCGACAUUUAGUUGGCACAAUUCGGGAAAUUUGCAAGUGAAAAUCUUUUUAAACAAAAUGAAGCUAAGCUGUCUGUACUCCAAAACAAAAACUCUCUGGAUCUGCUGUCUCCACACUCCUGUUCAUGUUCCACGCUCUAACAUCCUUGGAUCCACACACCGCUGUCUUCUGGCAAGUCACCUCGCGAGAUUUCAGAACAAGACUUUUCCAUCUUCCGAUAAUGUUGUCAGACACUUAGAACAAUAAUCUGAGCCUGUCAGCUGCAAAAACAGAACUUUUAGUGGAUGCUGACUGACGCUGAACAUUUGUCCUGUAGGAUUACACUGCAGCUCGGUUCACGGCUGCCGGUUACAGCGUUCUCGCUCGACGCUGGACCAAUUUCAAAGAUUUACACACUUACUCACAAGUGUGUGGGAAAAUAGGGUUGAAAAUAGGUUGAAAAAUAUUGAAAUUCUCAUUUAAAUAGAGAUACAAAGGAUGACACGACUGAAAGCAGAACAGUGUGAAAUCACGAUUCACGUGAGCCUUGAUGCCCCCAAAUGACUGGGCUGAAACAGGAAAUGGACCACUUCCUGUGCACUGCUGGUAGACUGCAUACAAACAGUAUACAUGUACACAUUCAGAACGUGAGCUUCAGUGAUGAAAUGAAUGUAUUCAUAUGUGACGGCCUGUGCAGUCAUUGUAAAACUCAAAGUGAUGGCUUUAAUGAUGGUGUGGCUGUAACAGCAGCAUAAUAAUAAUAAUAAUAAUAAUAAUGAUGUGCUUCAUAUGUUCACUGCUUCCUGUAUAAUGCACUGUGCGUGAUUCAGUCUGAGUACUUCACUCUUGUGGUAAUGGAACAGAGAAACCACCAAGAGGAUGUGCUCACUUCCUCACUCUGCUGCUGAUGCUGACUGCCUCUCUCUGUCUCUGCAACAACUGGCACUGUAUGUUCUCUACCGAGACAUUUCAACAGAAGGAAUGAAUGCUGUCCUUCUGUACGAUUUUCUGCACAUUUGUUGUCCCCCUUUGCACAUUUUUUAAAUUCCAGAACAAAAAUUGCUGAUUUCAUCCUUGUUGAAUGAUAAUGAGACGUGUUUGUUGUGUCUGGUGAGCGUGUGUGCAUGAAGAGAAACAAAUCCAGUUGUCAAACUUCUCAUUGCAUAUAAAUGGAUGACUGCUUCAUAUAAAAGUGAUUAGAAACAGA